AUGGCCCACUACGCAGUUAACCCCGCCAGUCAGUGGGGUGGCGGAUCAGACGGGACUGGACGGGGCGAACCAUUUUCUCACAGAAGCUGGUCCAAAGGAGCUGUUUUGCUCAUUUAUGAUAGCACCGGUGGUAGGAUCUUCACCUGGAUUGCUUGGGUGGGGCAGAAUGCAGGCAUUCAUUUCUACAAGUGUGUAAACAAGGAUUCUGGAAUUUGCAACUACAUGAGGACCAAGGAGAAGUACCUUGCAGAGUUAAGCUUUCAUUUGGGGAUGAAACAACAGACUAGAUACGGCAGCAGCCAGGCCGGAUCGGUUAUGAACUACAGAGUCCGUGUGGUCGAGCAGCAGCGCAGUGUUCCAGCCGUAGGCCAAGCCAUCAGGGUUAAUCAAGCAGGCUCUUUCGUCGCCGCGCUCCGUGUUCUUGCGUUCUUGGAUGCUGCCAUACUCUUUGUGGGUGUCUUAUUUUCAUGGCGUUGCUGA